CUGUAGCUACUUUCUAAUAUAAAUUUGAUUUUAUUCCCAAAUAUAUAAAAAAAAAUUGAUAAUUAUUAAAAUAUUUGAUUGAAAGUAUGUGAUAUUGACGAUAGAAAGAGAUAUUCCGAUGUCUAAUUCUAGUGUAAAUGCAAAUAAUUGGUUAUAACCUCAAUAUUUGCAUAUUUAUUUAUCUUUUAGCUUUAGCAGAACAAAUUUGAGUUUGAGUAAUCCCUUUCCCUUUUAUUUGCAUUAAUUAAGGAAUGUUUAAAUUGCCAACCUGUCAUAAACUUGUGACAGUAACUAAAUCUUUUCGUAAUUUAAGUAAAAUGUCUUCAAUAAAUAAAUGUAAAGUUGCGGUUUGCCAAUUUACAGCUUGUAAUGAUAAAUCCAAAAAUUUGGUUACAGUGAAGCGCUUAGUUGACGAGGCAGUAACAAAUAAUGCAAAAGUUGUAUUCUUACCCGAGGGCUGUGAUUAUAUUGCAAACAAUAAGGACGAAUCUAGGAGCCUAGCAGAAAGUUUGGACGGCGAACUGGUAGAUGAAUAUAAGAAAAUUGCAAACAAAAAUAAAAUUUGGCUCUCAGUUGGCGGUUUUCAUGAAAAAAUUGAUAACAAUACUAUGUACAACACUCACUUGUUAAUAGAUGAUACUGGGAACAUAUCGUCUUUGUACAGAAAAACACAUUUGUUUGAUGUGAGUAUUCCAGAAAAAAAUAUAUUAUUGCAAGAAUCUGAUUAUUGUACAGCUGGUUCAGCAAUUAUACCACCAGUUGAGACUCCUGCAGGUCUUAUAGGAUUAUCAAUAUGUUAUGAUUUACGAUUCCCUGAAAUUAGUACACUCCAAACAAAAUUCGGGGCCAAUAUUUUGACGUACCCUUCAGCAUUUACAGCAACAACAGGUCCUGCUCAUUGGGAAAUUCUAUUACGAGCUAGAGCAGUUGAAAAUCAAUGCUAUGUUAUUGCUGCAGCUCAAUAUGGAAAACAUAAUUCAAAAAGAACCUCUUAUGGACAUUCAAUGAUAGUGGAUCCUUGGGGUGUUGUUGUAGCAGAAUGCCCAAAAUAUAAUGAAAAUAAUCCAACAAAUGAGAGUAUUGCUGUAGCUGAAAUAAAUACAGAGUAUAUUAAAAAAAUCAGACAAGAAAUGCCUGUACAGAAACAUCGUAGGACUGAUAUUUAUAAUCUUAAUUUGCUGCCAAAUAACAACAAAAAUGACGAAAGAAACUCAUACAGUUUUGCAGAUAAAAUUAUACCCGCUUCUACAGUUUUCUACAAAUCCAAUUAUUGUUAUGCGUUUACAAAUAUUAGAUGCGUUGUACCAGGUCAUGUGCUUGUGGCAACUUUAAGGUGUGCUCCAAGGUUGUUAGACUUAACUCAAGAAGAAAUUGCUGAUUUAUUCCAAACAGUGAUUAAAGUGCAGAGGGCAAUGGAAACAGAACAUGAUGCAGGAUCGACAACAAUUUGCGUUCAAGAUGGUAAAUUGGCCGGACAAACUGUUCCACAUGUUCAUGUACAUAUUUUACCAAGAAAGCUGAACGAUUUUAAACAGAAUGACGAUAUCUAUUGGGAGUUAGCAAAACAUGAUUCAGAAGAAAAUGUUCAACCGAUCAGAUCGAUGGAGGAAAUGUCUGAAGAAGCGAGGAAAUUAAGAACACAUUUCAAUAUCUAAAUCUGUUGAAAACCAUUUUUUUGUUGACUUGUAUCAACUGAAAAAUAUGAUGCUAUGAAAUAUAUAUUUGUUAUUAA